UAUUCCAAAAUAUGUGCAACUUAAUACGAUAAUCUAGAUGGAUCUUACACACAGUUACAUGCAUAUACACUAUAUUGCCAAAAGUAUUGAAACUCCAAAUCAUUAGAUUCAGGGUUUCCAAUCAUCUCUAUGGCCACAGGUAUGCAGACUGCUUCUACAAACAUUUGUGAAAGAAUUGGUCGCUCUCAGGAGCUCAGUGAAUUCAAGCGUGGUACCGUGAUAGGUUGCAACCUGUGCAAUAAGUCCAUCAAUGAAAUUUCCUUGCUACUAAAUAUUCCACGGUCAACUGUUAGUGAUAUUAUAACAAAGUGGAAGCAACUGGGAACAACAGCAACUCAGCCACAAAGUGGUAGGACAUGUAAAAUGACAGAGCGGGGUCAGCACAUGCUGAAGGGCACAGUACACAGAAGUUGCCAACUGUAUGCAAAGUCAAUA